AAUGCACUAAAUGUCACCUGGCUCACCUUUAGUCUGAAGAUUCUGUCAGAAUUCCCUGUGAAUCCCCACGCAGCAAAAUGUAUGUGGACUCUUACAGCCAUCAUCAGGGACAUUUUGAAAGAUAAAGUUUUACCUAAAGCAGGUGUCUUGAAGAAGUUGCUGACUCCCCUUGAUGCUGUGCUGGAAGGGUUUUAUAAUUCCAUUUUGUGCCAUCAUUUUGACAGUCACCACUAUACUUCAGCUUACUCUGAAGCCGCAAACAAUUUGAUCAGCUUCAUAGAUCUGCUUGAAGCUCUUUUGGCUUCCAGAAUUGAGUUAGAAGUACCCCUGAGAUGCCAGAGAGUGUUAUUUUUGAAGGUUUCUUAUGUCCUGAAUUGCAUUAGCUCAUCAGUUCAUUAUUUAUUCAAGAAGAAAUUCAUUAUGCUCCUUAAAAAAUGCAUCCUUUACAAAUCUAGAGAAGAUUCUGUAAGUGGAUCGGUGUCCUUACAAAAGCCGUGUUUAUCUGAGGAUGUUCUUGCACUGAGUAAUGGGGUUCUGCAAGGUGUGAGUUUGACUUGGCUUAAUCAGAUCCCUCUUGGUGAAAAAACGAGCUACUUUGGAGGCAGCGAGCCCCAUCCUGGAGAUACAGCCCACAGUGGUCCUGACCAAACGCUUCUCAGAGCCCUAAGUCUAAUUGUGCUUAAAGCCCUGGAAUUCAAGUCUCAGAGCUCUGCCACAGAAGCUGAAGUCAAAGGUAAAAUAGUCUUUUUGUUUUGUUCGAGCAGCAAGAGUCUUAAUGAGCUGUAG